UCUAAGCCCUCGGCGGCAGACCAGACCGCCGCGCCAGUCAAUGUUGUCCCCGGCGGGGUCCCCGGAAAGCUCCAGCUAGCUCCAGUUAGCUGGCUAGCCCGGUCGGCUCUAAACCAGCUUUUCUUUGAGCAUGUUUUAUUUCUAGCACAGAUAACAUUAAUGAGAGCCGCCGGGUGAUAAGCGGAGGAUCAUAGCCGCCGGAGCGGAGCGGAGCGGGGGGACCAAGUCAGUCCAGAGAAAGAGGAUCCAUGGCAAAGUGGCUGAAGGACUACUUAAAUCUAGGCAGCAGGCGAGAUCCUCCUCUGCCCCCGAGGCCAGAUUACACUGAGAGUGAGAUUUUACGGGCCUACCGAGCUCAGAAGGAGCUGGACUUUGAGGAUCCCUACCAGCACUGUGAUAAGGAGCACCAGAAUGGAGGGUUUGGCUCUUGUAGCGCGACAGUGAGCCUCCCCUCCUUCCCCGCGUUUGGUGCGGCGCUGUCUGACGGCGUGGAGGUGAAAGUUGUGUCUCCAAAACACAGACUAAUUAAAGUGGACUCUCAGGAGUUUGGCCGCUGUAAAAUUCCUCUCAGUCCGGUGACGGCUCACGAAGAGCUCGUGGUACCUUCUGCCCCGGCAGCCUCCGAUGGUGAAACGGAUUAUUCUGAUCCCUUUGAUGCGCGUCCAGACCCGAGAGCCCGACCGAACUGGGAGCUCAAAUCUGCACCGACAGAUUGCUGCAGCUACAUGGAGCCUUUCGAGGCCCAGCGGAUUAUUGCAGAUCUGCAGCACAACGCCAUGACGACCAGGUCCCCGAGUGGAGACGGAGGCCAGUUAUACGACAACCCUUACGAGGAAAAGAGCCGUCACCACCAGCAGCAGCGAGCCGCUCCGCCAGCUCAGCAGCAGACGGCGAGAACGGACGGCGGACUCGGCUUGGUCGACAGCAGGGAGAGCCGGCUGCCUCAGGACGACGAGAGGCCGGCCGAUGAGUACGACCAGCCGUGGGAGUGGAAGAAAGACGACAUCUCCAAAGCUCUCGCAGUUCAGUUUGAAGGCGCAGAAAGGGAACGCUCUCGGGCUCAGUCAGAACACACAAGGCUCACCAAAACCGGCUCGGCGUCGGCCGCAUGUGACGCCGCCACGCUCCGCCUGGUUGGUGACACUCCUCCGCUGCUGGGGGAGAGGGUGGAUCCAUUUCUGCCUCUGGAGAAGCAAGUGUGGUACCAUGGAGCCCUGAGCCGCUCAGAGGCGGAGUCUCUGCUGACUCUGUGCAAAGAGAGUUCCUACCUGGUGAGGAAAAGCCAGACCUGCCAGAGCGACUACUCCUUAUCCCUCAGGAGCUGUAAAGGGUUCAUGCACAUGAAGUUCACUCAGUCCGCAGACGGCCGUUACGUCCUCGGCGAAAACAGUCCUCCCUUCUCCACCAUCCCCGAGGUCAUCCACUACUACACCACGCACAAGCUGCCGAUCAGAGGAGCCGAGCACAUGUCCCUGCUGUACCCCGUCAUCGUGCAGACCCUCUGACACUGACGCACACCUUACUGUUUUCUCCCGGUGCUACUGAGAGCAACGUCUACUCGACAUUUCCACUUUUUUCCUCUCGUUUCUAUGCCAACGCAUUCCCGCCGGCGUCGUCGCCCGGUGCCGUGUUUUCUUUAGCGUGGCAAGAAAUCUUUACAUUUCGAUGUCCGAAUGUUGUCUUAAAAGUGUUUUUAAGACAGCAGAACUGAUUGAACAUAGCUUGCCUUCAUGCAGUCGAACCAGUUUCAGUCAGAUGACCAAAACUAUACCAGCUUUGGAGUGAAGGAGGGGACUAAAUGUAGUCUGUGCCAAUAAACCACGGUUGUAGUUUUGUUUUUUUUUGUUGUUUUUUUCCCUCCCAUUAUUCUCAUGUGGUGUUUGCUAGAUAACUAAGUAGCUAAAACUACCGCUGAAACAAACAAUGCUGUUAUGGCCCUUGAAAUAUUUGUUGCUGGAUGACCCGAACACUACAUCAGUCCCGGCCUUCCUGUCCCCUUAGACUCUGUGUUUUUCAGAGGCUUCUGAAUGUCCUGCCAUGUUGCAGCCAUGUAUCCAUGCAGUGUUCUUGUUUCAUCGUGUCAAUACGUCAGGUGAACACGACUUGUCCUACAAACUCCUGCAAUACUAGUUUAGAGGAUAGCUACUACAGUGUUAUACAGAAAGCUCGUGGCUUCGGUAGUUUAUUUACUGUGCUAUUUUAUACGAUUCUAAAUGUGAGCUCAAAAUAAAGGUGUUCUGUUUUUCCAC